AUGGCCACACUGCUUUCAUCUAUAAAACGGGCCCCAGUUUUACGCGACUCCAGUAGUUUGUGGCUGCUGACUUGGUUGAAUAAUUACCAGCGGAAAAGUACCAAAAUUAAUGCUAUCGAUUCGUUCAUUAUUGAGCUGAUAGAAAAUAAAACGCUCAAAUGGAAAGUACUCAACAGUCGGCAUCGCGAUGGUCAACCAAAGGUGGCCGAAAGUGGCUUAUCGGAACGGCCGCUUUCCCAGGAACUUAACAAUAUGGGAAGCAUCCAGCGAACUUCUUUCAAAAUAGCCAAAAUUUACAAUGAAAUUACGCAAAACCCGUUAGCAGUAAACAUUAGCUCAAUGGACAUUGCGCAAGUGGACCAUCUCCUCUCUACGGCUUUGGCGGAGCACGAACAUGAGGAUGUGAAUCUGUUACUGGAGCAAUUAAUUCAAUUUAAGAAACUACCAUCGCCUCUAGUGCUGAACAAACUGCUAAAGUAUGUAGCAAGCAACGGCGAGAAGGACAAAUUAGAACGUUUGAUCGUGCUCGCAGUUGCCCAAGGCGCUCCGUGCAUAACACCGAUUCAGAGGUUCGAGCACUACCGCGCCUUAUGCCAAUGGAAAAUGGGAAAUACUGUGAAAUCGCUGGAAACUUAUCGUCAAAUUGUUGAAAAAUGCGACCUUGACGAGAUGCCAGUUAUUGAUCGUAUUAUGGUGGAAAUAAUCGACGAAACAAUUGAUAAAAAAAGCGAAGCCGCGUUACUGGCCGUGAUGAGAUUGUGCGAAUUCUGUUUAGAAGAACAUCGGCACGUGUUUCCUAUUUGCCACUUGUGGGAUAAAAGCUUCCACAGCAUAUGGCACAGUGAUCAGGAGUUGUCGAGAACCUUGUUCGAUCGGCACGUCGCCAUACGGGCAGUUAUCAGUAAAAGGAUUGGCCAUCUUUGCUACUCGUUACUGCUGGACAACAACACCGAAAAGGUCUACCAACUUAUGGAGAUUUUUCUGAAGCAUGAUAUGAAGCCCGAGUGUACAUCAAUCCUCAUUCGUUUGUUCGACUACCAGUAUUGGCGAAAAAACCUACGAGGUUGUUCCGAAAUUAUGCAGAAUGCUGUUGACUUGAACAUAAUGUUGCCCGAACUUUACAACCAUCGUUUGCUGGAACUACUGUUAGGCCGCUCUUCGGUUACUUCGACUUCAUCCAGCACACCGAAAAAGACUGCAGUGCUCAAACCAAGAAAAUACGAACUAAAAUUCUAGUUAUAGUACUGACUAAGGUGUGCGUAAGGAGGUUCAAAAAGUGUAAGAUGUUGGCAGAACAUGCCGUAUGUAGUUGAAAAUGCGAUUUAG